AUGCCUACUAUACCUCCAGACGCAGUCACAUCCUGGCGAUUGAAGCCGCCGCCCUCCAAACCAACCAAGCCCAGGAUCAGGGCCUGGACACCCAAAACCAGAACUGGUUGCCUAACCUGUAAGCAACGGCGGGUCAAGUGCGACGAAACCAAGCCGAAAUGCAAACGCUGCAUCAACGGCAAUUUCCGCUGUGAAGGCUACGCCGACGCGAAGACGUGGUUAUUCGAGUCAGACUCGCUUCCUUCGAAGUCCCCAAGUACCUCGUCUUCUUCAGACUCGGAUUCUGCAUCGGAGAAUCAAGCGCUGACCGUCAUUCCAUCAAUCUUGGCCAACGAGGUCGGCAUGAGCGAACGGAGGUCUCUCAAGUACUUUACUGAACGGGCGCAGCCAGAGCUGGCCACUUUCACCUAUUCGGCAGCCCACUUCUGGAACAAUAUCAUCCCCAAACUCUACCAGACCAACUCUACCGUAAGGAGUGCUGUGAUUGCUGCGUCAUCUCUUCAUGAGGCGACGCGCCAUCGCGAUGCGGCGUCAAUGAGCCCGGCAACCAACCAACUGUAUCUGAAGCACUACUCCAAGGCCGUUCAAGACCUGACGAGGCAAGACUCGCCGCCCUCUCGAGACAUCAUUCUGAUGAGCUGUCUGAUAUUCCUCACCUGCGAGAACCUACUCGAGUCAGCCCCUGGCGUCCUCAUUCACCUUCAGGCAGGGCUCCAAGUCCUACGUGAAUGGCACAAUACAUCCAACACCCAUCCAACAGGCGCCGCUGAUUCCGUAUCGGAUGUCCUCCUCAACUACCUAGAGCCGAUCUUUGCGCGCCUUGAAGCACAGUCCUCGCUCAUCCCCAUCAUCCCCAACAAGAUCAACUUCAACGCCUACGACCUGAACUGGAAGAAGCCCGACCUCCCCAAAUCUUUUGCCAACCUCAACAUCGCUCGCAACUGUAUGCACGACGUCAUUCAAUACUGCUGGUUCCAGGGCAAGCAGUCCACCGGCCUCUUCCUCCCCUCCAACCCUGUCUACCGCCACUUCCUCUACCAACUAACACAAUGGGACGUCAUCUUCACCACCUCCUUCCCCAACCACGACUCCCCCACCUGGCCCUACUACCGCACCGCCACCGCCCUACGCAUCCACGUGCAAGCCCUCUCCCUCGCUUUCCGCCAAGAAGGCUUCCAGGACCCGACCUGGAUCGACAGCCAGUACGACCACAUGGCCUCCAUAGUCGACAGAGCCGAAGACAUCAUCCUCGCGGGCCUCCCGCCCCGCAACAAACUGACCUACGGCUUCGACGACAUCUGGACGCACGACUUCUGCCUGCAGCCGCCCUUGAUGCUGCUAGCCUUGCACUGCCGGCACCCCCUCCUCCGGCGCCGCGUCGUGCACCUCAAACGCCUGCACCACUGCUGGUACGAUACCAACGAGUCCUACAUGGCCUGCAACUCGGCGCGCAUGCUGCAAAUGGUCAUGAAUAUCGAGGAGCGCGGUCCGCUCGAACCACCUCGCUCCGACGACAACGAACACGGAUGUUCCCUCAACGAAUCCCUCCCUCCUUCCUCCUCUUUCUCCUCCUCCUACCCCGACCCGAACGCAUCCGCAAAAGUCUCCACCGUCCCUAUCGCGCACCGCAUCCGCCCCCUCCGCGUCAUCCUCAACAUCCCCUACAAGGUCGCCCUGGAAUACAACUACCUACGCGAUCCGCCCCCAAAUCCACUCGACCCGCAGCAGGGACGGGGCAGCGUGCUGCUGGAGACCCUCGACGUUCCAAGCUGGGCGCCCCCACCGAUCCCGUACGUCGUGCUGUUCCCCUUUGCGGAGAUGAUCGUGCACGGCAAUUUUCAGGGCAUGAUUCGCCCCGUCAGAGAGCAUUGUCUGUGUCGGAGUCUUGGGGGGCCGCAGGAACGGAUGUGGCGGGAAUAG